AUGAAUUCACCAUCCUCAUCCUCAUUUGUAAUUCUUGAUUCCUCUAACGGAUUAUUGUUAACACCAACCGUUGUUAGUGAUAAUUAUUUAUCGGAGAAUGAAACUGAUACGAAUACGAUGGUGACACGAACGAAGAAAAUAUUUGUUGGAGGAUUAUCUGCUAAUACAACAGUUGAUGAUGUUAAAAAAUAUUUUGAACAAUAUGGAAAGGUUGAAGAUGCAAUGUUAAUGUUUGAUAAAGCUACACAAAGACAUAGAGGAUUUGGUUUUGUGACAUUCGAAAAUGAAGAUGUUGUUGAUAAAGUGUGUGACAUUCAUUUUCAUGAAAUAAAUAAUAAAAUGGUUGAAUGUAAAAAAGCACAACCAAAAGAAGUCAUGUAUGCGCAACAAAUGGCAAAAGGAAAAGCCGCAUUACAACGAGGAGUAUAUGGUGAUCUCUUAAGUGCAUAUGUUUAUGGUUUAAAUAGAAUGCCAGCGACUUAUGCCGCUCCAAUUUAUCCAUUUUCACCUGGCCAGACUGCUAUUUCACUUCAUCAACAGCACAAUUUAUAUGGGACCGAUGUUGCUCGGUUUCAUAACCGUUUACCAGCUUAUUUUGCGGCCGGUAUUCCUGGCUCGGCUCAAAUUAGUUAUAUUCCAGCAGGAGCCUUACAAACACCAACACUGGCACCUGGAGAACAACGUUAUUUUGAGUAUCCAAUAACAACUCAGCAAUUGCAACCCGGAAGAGCAGAUGCAAUGGCAUUAUCAAAUGCAAUACAUCGAGAAACAUUACUUCAAAGGAGCGCAAACGGUACGCUCGAUUUUUUUCCACCAGAUGGUACCACAUAUCUACAGCCUACAAGUCCAACUUCAACCGGAAUACCACUAGCCACAUCUCUGAUAGGAGCUUAUGCAAAUGGUUUUCAUGGUCAUUAG